GGGGAAGUUGGGGCUGCCGCUGGCAGAGCUGCGAUCCGGAGCCAGGUCAAGCCCCGAGGACGAGGGGCGGACGGACCCGCUGACGGACACCGCGGGCCCGCUGCCACGGUCUCGCGUCCUCCAUCGGGAAAAGUACUGAAACUUAAAAAAUGUCAUCUAUCAAGCACCUAGUUUAUGCAGUUAUUCGUUUCUUACGGGAACAAAGUCAGAUGGAUGCUUAUACUUCAGAUGAACAAGAAAGUUUGGAAGUUGCAAUUCAGUGCUUGGAGACAGUUUUUAAAAUCAGCCCAGAAGAUACACAUCUAGCAGUUUCACAGCCUCUGACAGAAAUGUUCACAAAUUCCUUCUGUAAGAAUGACAUUCAGCCUCUCUCAAACUCAGUACCUGGAGAUGUGGGAAAAGCUGACCAAUUAAAAGAUGAAGGCAAUAACCACAUGAAAGAAGAAAAUUAUUCUGCUGCAGUGGAUUGUUACACACAGGCAAUAGAACUGGAUCCAAAUAAUGCGGUUUAUUACUGCAACAGGGCUGCUGCUCAGAGUAAAUUAGGUCACUACACAGAUGCAAUAAAGGAUUGUGAAAAGGCAAUAGCAAUUGAUUCAAAGUACAGCAAGGCCUAUGGGAGAAUGGGGCUGGCCCUCACUGCCAUGAAUAAAUUUGAAGAAGCAGUUACAAGUUAUCAAAAGGCAUUAGAUCUUGAUCCUGAAAAUGAUUCCUAUAAGUCAAAUCUGAAAAUAGCAGAACAGAAGUUAAGAGAGGUAUCCAGUCCUACAGGAACUGGAUUGAGCUUUGACAUGACUAGCUUAAUAAAUAAUCCAGCCUUCAUUAGUAUGGCAGCAAGUUUAAUGCAGAAUCCUCAAGUUCAACAGCUAAUGUCAGGAAUGAUGACAAAUGCCAUUGGGGGACCUGCUGCUGGAGUUGGGGGCCUAACUGACCUGUCUAGCCUCAUCCAAGCGGGACAGCAGUUUGCUCAGCAGAUACAGCAGCAGAACCCUGAACUCAUAGAGCAACUGAGAAAUCACAUCCGGAGCAGGUCAUUCAGCAGCAGCACGGAAGACCACUCCUGACUCUCGAUCAGGGAUUCUAGACUGGAAACGGUUACUGCUCUGAAGUGUUUGCUGUAGAUAGUGGCCAAAAAACAAAACAAAAAACCUACAGAAUACAUCUGUGUAGACAAUAGGUUUAUCACAAACAGACUUCACCGUCAUGUGACUCCUUUGUACACGGUCACUCAACAGGGUUUCAUCUUCACAUCCUCAUCGUCAUAUCUGUAUGCUAGACUUAACAGCAGGAAGGCUGUUUACUGGUGAGUGCUCUGGCUCCCAAUUCCCUUCAGCAAACUUUCUGAGAGGGAAGAUGACCAAGAGGAAAGGUUUCACAUGCUGGGUUAAGAGCAACGUGCUUGCCAAUGAGCAGCACGUCUGGAGAGAACUUUGACAUCUAGGUUUAGCCUUGAGAAUGCCAUCAGUGAUGAAUAUAUGUCACAGGAGCCAGCACUGUCUUUAAUGCUGCUCAUUUUAAUGGGUGGCAGGGAGGCAUCAGAGCUGGUAGAAAGCAGAAUUUGGUGGAAGAGGAGUUUGAAAAAAAAGAAUAGAUGCUGUGAAUGUAUAGAAAGUGAAGGUGGGUAGGAUGCUCAGGUUUUUGCCUAGUUUUUAACUAAUUUUGCCUGUAGUUUGGUAUUUAUAACAUUAGCAUGGCUAAUUAUACUGUGUACAUAAUAAAAUACAUUUAGAAAUCCUUAAUGGUACUGGUUAGGCCAGUUGUAUAAUUAUUCAGUUUAACUAGCACAACUUCCCCAGUGGUGACCUUACCAUGAAAACUCAAAUAUACCUACAUUUAAAUAAGCCAAUGGCUUGGCUCUUAAGUUAAGGAUUUUCUAAGUGGCAUUUAAUUAUGUGCCCAUAAACACUGAUUUUUUUUUUUUAAAAAAACACCUCAGUAAUUAUUUGAUAGAAUACAGAAAGCAUCUGUCAUUAACAGUGCUUGUUCGUGUAAUCCUCUGCUAUGAUUUGGUUUGGCAUGUUGCUUUUAUGCUUAACUUAAUUUGAUGCAACUUAAACAUAAUAGGGGAUUUAAAAUAUUACAUUUAAACUAGAAUACAUAUUAGUGGAGAGAAGUGGCAUUGUUUGGUAUUAAUGGUACGGCUCUAACUAUAGUGAUGGAGGAGGCUGUUCUAAUUGGAAUUUCUUUUGUUAAUUAUGAAAUAGGUAAAGUUGGGCAGACACAUGGUGUUGCAAGUGUUGUGAGAAAAAACUGAAAAAGAAUGUAAUAUUAAAUUAGUAAUACUGAUAAUAGGGCAUUAUUAGAACUAUUCUCCUCAAAAGAGAGUAAAGUUUAAAAACCUUUUUCUCUCUUUCCCUUUGUGAGAUUAGACUAAUGGUUCUAUAGUUUCACUGUAAGAGUCACCUGGUUUAUUUGCUGAAGAUGCAGAUUCAGGACCACACUUUCAAUUUUUAUUUAAUAGGUCCUGUAAAAAGGCCUAGGAAGCACCAUUUUAAACAGUACAAGGUUAGAGAUUUCUCCUCAGUUUGACCAGCAAAUACCUAAACCCCACUCUGGGCUUAGGCCACAAUGAAGACUUAAAUGAACUUACAGUUCUGUCCAGAGAAGAGAAGGACUUAAGUCUUAGGCCCCCUGAAUUAAAUCUCUAUUCCAUCUAAACCAAUAUAAUUUUUCAUAAAUUCAGCUCCUAGUGUCCAAGGAUUAUACAGAAUGAAGGACUAAUUAUAUGAAUAUGAUGACAUUGAUGAAAAGAAAGCAAAGCUGAUCCUUAAUUAAAAAUCAGUCACUGUUAUCCAGUGUUGAGUAAGAAAAAGUUUCUAGCAUAGCUAUCUUGAGUGCAUUAAAAAUGCUUUCAGCCCUGGCUGGUGUGUUCAGUGGUUAGAGUGCGGGCCUGAGCACCAGAGCAGCAGUUGCCAACCUUUCGGACCUCACAGACCACCAGUGGUCCGCGGCCCGCCGGUUGACGACCGCUGCACCAGAGGGUCCUGGGUUUGAUUCCUGGUAAAGGGCACGUACCUGGGUUCGAUCCUCAUCCCCCUGUCAGGGCUCAUGUGGGAGGCAACCAAUUGAUGUGUCUCUCUCACAUCGAUGCUUCUCUCUCUUCUCCUUCCACUCUCGCUAAAAAAAAAUCAAUGGAAAAAUAUCCUCACUCCUUGGGUGAGGAUUAAAAAAAUGCUUUCAGAUUGAUAAACUAGUAAGCCUCUAGCUCACUGACUAGGGAAAUAGAGAACAGACAAAUCAACAACAUCAGAGGUGAAGGAGGGGAUAUCAAUGCAGACAUUAGAAAAUACCACAGGAUCAUUAGAAAAUACUACAACCAACUUUAGGUCUAUAUAUUCAACAAUAUUAACUUAAAAAUUUUUUUUUUGUAAGAUAGCUAAGGCUCAUUGAAGAAACAGAUAUCCUCCAGAAAAGAAAGCUCCAGUCCCAAACAAUUUAUUUCAGUGAGGAAUUCUAUCAAAAGUUAAGGGAGAAAUAAUAUCAAGCUACACAAUCUUCUAGAAAAUAGAAAAGGAGAAAGUACCUCACAACUCAUUUUAUAUACCUAUUAAUCUGAUACCAUUAUCAGACAUUAUAAGCAGAACCCUUUACAUCAAUGUCUUGAUUUGCUAAUAUCUGCUGUGAUGAUUACUUAUUUACAAUAAGUAAUAGGAAUUGGUGUAUUUAUUCCUUUUUACCUCCUAGAUUGUUUCUUUGCUAAUCUACUACCCAUACCAAAUUCAGUCUAAAUGAUAGCAGUUCCCUCACCUGGAUUUCCAUCUGAUUCAAGCCAUUUUUGCUCAAGUAUCUUCCUCACUUUGGAAUCACUCCAUUUGAAGAAAGUUUUGUGUAGUUGGAUUGUGCUAGCUACUCUUAAGAUUGUAAGAAAUGCCCCGAAUAUUUUAUUCUUUCUUAUCUGAAACAGGGCAUUAAGGUAAAUAUUUAUAUACAAUCUACUUAGGAAUAACUGCUUACAUUAACCACAUUUCAUUGUAGUAGCUGUAGCUAUGAAGCUAUGUAAAACGUAAAGUAUCUUUUUUAUGCAAAUGACACUUUCAUUUAAUGUAACAAAUUGUUUAUCUAAUUUUUAUAAUGUGGUUUAAACAGAUCCUUUCUAAAAUAAGAUUGUCUUUUAUUUAAAGAAUGAACAAUAUGUGUCUAGGUUAUUGCUUGUAAAAAGAGACUUUGUAAUCAAAUCAUAUAGCAGAUUCCAAGUGACCCAUUAUAUGCUACUUUUUAAAUUUGAAACAGAGUGAAACUGAAGGUUUGAUCAUGAGAAGAUGCUUGAAAAACCAUGGACGUACCCAGUGCAGUGGCUAUAAAGUCUUAUUUAUCAUUUAAUCAAUCUUAUUCAUUUUGGAAGAGAGAGAUAUUUUACACUGCUUACACUUUAUCUUGUACAGACAUUUCACUAAUUAUUACUCCAAUUUAAGGGGCAAAUCUCACUUCGAAUAUAGCUUUCAUUUUGGACCAAUUUGUCAUGGCAAUAAAUAAUUAUGCAUUUAAGAAAAAACAAUUAUUGUAU